UUUCAGACAAAAAAUGAAGCUUUUCUCAACACUCCUCCUGGUCCUCGUUGUCUUGCUUCUCUCUGUUGAAUCCGCAAAACGCUGCUAUUCCGGAUCCAAAGACAGAUUUGAGUCACGGCAAUGUGAUACUGGAACUGCUGGAAAUUUUGUGUGCCAGAAAUUUACGUGUGAAGGUGGAAAAUUGGACUCCAACUUCACAGUUCGAGCAUGUGCACCAGAAGGAUCAAGGUGUGAGUCAUCAUCUACAGUAUGCGCAGAUCAAGACGGUGUUGGGUACUGUAGCAUUUGCGAAGAGGACAAUUGCAACUCGGCUGGUGACGUCAUCAAGAAAUCCACGAUUUUUGUGAUUUUCUUGGCGGCAAUUCGAAUUUUUUGAGAAAUUUGAAUAAUUUUGUAAUUUUAUUGAUUCAUGUCUUUCUUGUAGCUUUUUUUGAAUUUUGAAUAUUUUUUUAUCAAAAAAAUUGGAUUUUUUUUUCCAAAAUUUUUGUUUUUUUCUCUCAGUUUUGAAUGUUUUUAUUAUUUCAAAUUUAAUUUAUUUUACAUAAAUGUUAGUUU